AUGAUCUUCAAUACUGAUGAAGCCCACAACAUCGUUAAGGAGUGCAUAGAAGGUGUUUUGGGCAAAGCAGAUUAUAACCACAACAAAGUCAACCAGUGGACUGCAGCUAUAGUAGAACAGUCACUGACACAUUUGGUGAAACUAGGAAAAACAUAUAAGUACAUUGUAACCUGUGCAGUGAUGCAGAGGAGUGGAGCUGGUCUCCACACAGCAAGCUCUUGCUUCUGGGAUACCACAACUGAUGGAACCUGCACAGUGAGAUGGGAAAACCGAACGAUGAACUGCAUUGUCAAUGUGUUUGCGGUUGCUAUUAUCCUGUAGCUGACUGGAAUGUGAAUAUAAGUAACACCGAAGCCUUUAAAAACAAAACAGUGAGAUGCUAUCAUUUACCAAACACAUGACUAAAUAUUUCAAACCACUAUAUUUUUUGUAUGAGGAGGUAUAUCAUAUACAAGUUCUCUACAGAGAGCAUAUAGUCUCAGCCAGUUCUCAUAGGUUAAUUAUCUGAAAGCUAGCAAAAAAAAAACCCCGUAUAUUUAUAUAUAUAUAUAGUUUUAGUAAUUUAAAUAUUCAGAAGCGAUGUUAAUGAGAAGAUGCCACAAAGAUCAAUACAACUUAUAUCAAAGCUUAUAUCAGAGACACUUUUUUCAAGAGGAACAACAAAUGUCUGAUCAAAGGAAAGGUGAAAGGGCAAGCAAGACUUCAGGAUUAUGGUGAGAUGGGAACAAAUGAUAAGACAAUUCAGAGCGGACAUAAGGUAAACAGUAUCAGUACUUCGUGUUUGAUUAAACAGAGCUAAAUUGCAUAUUGAAUGCUGAUGCUUGUGAAAUUACAUAAGCAUCACGUUUCAGUCAAGCAUGAACUUUUACAUUGAAAUUAAAUAAAUUUAAGCUUUUCCACCCAAGGCACAAAAUAACUUCACUAGGGCAAAUACGAAAUAUACCUAGCCCUAACAAGAAUUCUGAUUUUUCUUCAGAGUGAAGAACAUUGUAUUUGUUACUAAUUCAGGGAAACAGGUUGGGGGUCAGAUGAUAGCAUUUAAUCCAUAAUUUAUACUUUUAAAGACAUUAUAGGUACUUAAAUUUGAUUUUAUUCCAUGACUAUGGAUUUUGUGACAAGCACUUUAUUGAUUCCUCAUGCAACAAAAGAGAGUACCCAGGAGCUAGAGGACUGGGCCCAUAUUUUUCCAAGAAGAAAUAAGUUGUUUAGAGAGAAGGCACAUGCGUUUCUAGAUGAUCUUGUUACCCUGAAAGCAUUUAUCUUAAAACAACAUAUUUACUCUUUAUAGGAGUAUUUCCUAUAUUCUCAAAGUCUGGAAUUGAAUUGCAGUCCUACGAAAAGUUGUAAGCGCUAAGAGUUCCCAUCCUGCAGACAUUUAUGCAAGUUUUUAACUUCACUCAUCUGAUUAGUCUCACUUAAAAUAUUCCACAUGGGGAAAAAAGUAUUUGCACAUGCGUAAGUAUUUGCUGGAUUGGGGCCUAUGUUUUUGUCAAUUAAUGCACAAAUUAUAUGAUAAAGAUAUAUCAAUACCAAAAAUGCCUAAAUGAUUGCUGCCACUAAGUGGCAGCUACAUUAAGUUGUUUUAUGAAAUGCUGCUUGUUGAUAGAAUGUUUUCUUGAUUAGUGCAUGUCCUCGGAAGAGACUGAUAACUACCUAACAGCUACUGUAAGGCUGUUUUACAUUUUAACAAAUAGUAUUAAAGCACUAUUACAGUUUUGAUUCUUUUUUUGGUUAACUGACUAUUAGGACAUGUAGCGUGUGUCCUGUGCAAAGAACAAGCUAAGAACCAUGUCAUCGCUCAAAUUGUGUAUAUAGCUAGUAUUAAGACCACAGAAAGAACAUGUGUACAUGUAAUUCACGAUACUGUUCAAAAUCUGUUGCUUUGCAGAUAAAGAGAAUUCAACUUUUACCUAAGUGCAAAUAAAGUUAAGCACUGUAACACUG